GCGGGACCAAACAUAAGAGGAGGGAUGCGACGUUAUCAUCAUGGCGGGAUGCAUGAAAAUGACAAACGGCUUUAUGUCUGGAAGUGCUAAAUUAGUUGUUUUCACAGUGCUGCUUACUUGUUUACCUCAAACCUCACGUCAGGAUACGGGUAAGAAACAUCCAGUAACUGACCUUCAGGAUGGAGAGACGUAUGUCGUAUCAGGGUCCAACAGGUUCUGUUAUGAGAACUCCAUAGUACCAAACUGGAAGCAAACAUGGACGAGAAUUCAGGUCAAAGUGUGGAGUUCAAACGUUUUUAAGGUGGAAACUGUUGGAGGGGAGGAGGAGCUGCAGGAGCUGGACCGCUUCAGUUUUUGGGGCUGGUUUCAGAGCUUGUUACGUGAGCGGCACAAUGAAACGACUAUUAACAUCAGUCUGUUCAGCAAGAAGACCUGCUUCAAGAUCGAUCCGAAUGACAAUACUCAGUACACCGUCAAGCCCUUUCGCAAGUUUGAUAUAUAUCUGUUUUUGGUAUUCUUCGCUGGAAUGUUGUUGUUCGUCUUUGCGGACUCACUCAGCAGGAGUCAAGUUUUCUUCUACUCUGCUGGUAUGAGCACCGGCAUGAUUGCCUCUCUCAUCAUCCUCUUUUUCAUUUUGGCUCGCUUUUUGCCAAAGAAAAGCCCGUUUUAUGUGUUGAUUGUUGGUGGCUGGUCGUUUUCUGUUUACGCCAUCCAGCUUGUCUGCAGGAAUCUUGGCAUAAUUCUGCGAGAACACUGGCAUGUUGCAUUAGGUUAUGUAGCAGUGGUGGGAUUCAUCAGUUUUGCUGUGUGUUACCGUUAUGGUCCUCUGGUGGAUGAGAAGAGCAUUAACAUUUUGUCGUGGACGCUGCAGCUGUGUGGCCUGCUCCUGGUUUAUUUAGGGAUUCAAAUUCAGCAAGUUGCCUUGGCCAUCAUCGUGGCAGCUUUGUUCUCCAAACAUCUGGAGUACCCAGUCUAUCUGGUAGUUGUUGCAUGGAGGAAAAGCAGACAGUAUUUCCACUGGAAGCUGGAGCCUCGUCGCCUGUUGACUGAGGAGGAAUAUCAGAAGGAGGGAGAAGAAGAGACUCGGCGCGCCCUGGAGGAGCUUAGGAAAUACUGUAACAGCCCAGAGUUCAGCCCGUGGAAGACAGUGUCCAGGCUUCAGUCUCCAAAAAGGUUUGCUGAUUUCGUUGAAGGGUCCCCUCACUUGAUGCCAAACGAGGUGUCUGUCCACGUGCAGGAAUAUGGCUUUGGAGGAUCUUUUUUUGAGGACGAAUUCUUCGACACAGAUGACGAGGAGGAAGACGAUCAUAUGAUAAAACCAGAGUGAGACGGCACAGUGUGGGAGAUGCACGGAUAUAGAAGCAGUUGUCAGUGCCUUUCACAAAGGUGGCUGGAGAGCAGCUCUCCUCACAAACUUACAGAAUGACUUGGAGUGAUUCUGUGGAGGCUGGAGGCUGAUUACUAACAAUCACAGACAUAACAGUGUUGUCAGUUGUGUUACCAGCACAAAAAUGGCAAAGUGAUGUUUCAACAAAUGCACACUGAAGCCAGAUCUAUUCUCUUUCUUUGGGAACAAAGGCUUCUGUCAAAAUUGUCACAAAUACAGGGAAACGAUUGAGGUCUUUGUGGUCAAAGCAUUUGAGCAUUUUCUGUGUGACUGUAGUUUGUGUUGUCUUUGUUCACAUCUUAGAGAAGGUUUUACUUUUUAAUUUUCAAAACAUGUUCUGUUUGCAGCCUUUAGGCUCCAGAUGGGCUCGCUGCAGUCAACUGCAACGGGAACAUCUGGGUUGUGUACUUUUUUGUCUUUAAGUUCUCGCCUCUCUGAACAACAGCAUGAUGUGGGGGUGGUUGCUCAAGCUUUCUGCUCGGGGAGGAAAACGUAGGUCUAGUUUGUAUUUAUCUGUUUUCGUUUUAAUGUAUAUAAAUCAGUGGAAGUGUCCCAAAGUAUUUUGAAUAAAAAAUAUAUUUGAGCUCUGA